ACCAGAGCAGAGUCACUUGAGCCUGGUGUACUUCAUGCCCCGACCCGAGACCCUCGUUUAAAAAAAAAUAGUAUUUCCCGUAAGAGGGAACCCCGUUUUCAACGGAGCUUAAGGCAGCAUUGCGUUCACCAGCUGCAGCACCCAAACAACAACAAACAAACAAAAUUACGGAAUUAAAUGGUCUCAUAUGUGGAAAGUGUAUAUUUGAUUCGAAAAAUAAUAAUUUCCAGCUAAAUAAUGAGCGAGGAAUUUUGCGAGAAGUCGUUAUCAGUUCCAAUUCGUUCGCUUGAGGAAUUGAAAACCUGGAAGCCUCUCACUGAUCGUACGAGAUCCCAGUUUGUGCAGCAAUGUUUUACGGCUACUGGACCUGGUGGAAGUUUCAGGGAACAGUAUACAAAAAAUGUACCAAAAACUCUUAUCUGUCAUGAUAUGAAGGGUGGAUAUCUUGAAGACAGUUUCAUUGAAGGAUGUUCAAACGCUGAGGCAUAUAGUUUCAUUCAGUGGGGCAUCAUUGAUAUUUUUGUCUACUUCAGCCAUCAUUUCAUUACCAUUCCCCCACCCUGCUGGGUCCAUGCAGCCCACCUUCAUGGAGUCCCUAUUCUGGGUACUAUAAUCACAGAAUGGGAUGAGGGAGCUGCCACUUGCUCAAAAAUAUUUUCAUCUAAAGAUGCAGUCAAUGAAUUUAUCAAUUCACUAACUGAAUUAACACUGUACCAUAAUUGUGAUGGCUGGCUUAUCAAUAUUGAAAACUCAUUGGAAGAAACGCUGAUAGAUAAUGUGCUUUACUUUCUCCGUCGCUUAAAACAAGAACUCGUUUUCGCUGGAAAUUGCGGUAAGAUAAUCUGGUACGAUAGUGUUACCAAAGACGGAAAACUGGAUUGGCAGAAUGAGCUAAAUGCAAAAAAUAAAGACUUUUUCGAUUCCUGUGAUGGGAUCUUCUUAAAUUAUGUAUGGAAACCGAUUGAUUUGGCGAAUUCUGCAAUUCUGGCAAAAGAAAGAAUAUUCGACGUGUACGUUGGCAUCGACGUUUUCGGUCGGAACUGCUUCGGAGGCGGUGGAUUCAAUACGGAUGCAGCCUUUUCAGUUGUUAGGCAGUACAAUCUUUCUGCCGCUGUUUUUGCUCCUGGCUGGAUUUAUGAAUGUCACCCGAUUGAACAAUUUAAGGAGCUAAGCUUCAAAUUUUGUUCUCUUCUGUUUCCCUACAUGAAUUUGCAUGGACCAAACUCGUUACCUAUUCGUACAAGUUUCUGUCCCGGAUAUGGUCAAGGCAAGUACGACAGUGGACAGUUGGUAGACAACAAGCCUUGGCAUAACAUGUCUCGCCAACAGUUGCAGCCCUGCCUGGCUGCUGUUCGCGGACUUUUUGAAAUUAAAGGAAACACUUGUGACAUUUUAAAAUGUGGAUCCACAAACACUUUUUGAAAACAGGACGUGUGUGAUACUGAUGCGUUUAAUGGUGGAGGAUGCUUGAAUAUUCAGAGCUCCACCGAUGCAGUGUUUCCGCUUUUCUUCUGUGAAAUUCCUGUCAUUCGGCCAAUGACAUUGGCAGUCAUCUUGAAAACGAAUAGCAAACAGCCUUUGCUCCUCAAAUUAGGUUUUAUGCUAUCCAACACGUUCCCCAUAACAAGUAUGUCCUGUCCUCUUGUUCCUCGCGUGGAUCAAUUUUGUUCGGCUGCAGAUGACGAACACCAAUCCACUCCGAUUGUUUCUUCAUUAGAAUUUGAUUCCCGUUGCAACUUUUUGGAUGGAAGCCUUUGUCGCUCUAUGACAAAUUCUUCCGGCUGGGAUAUAAGACUAUUUCAGAUUAGGCUGAGUGAGCAAGUUGUAAACAGCGUACAACUAAAAAGCAUUUGUAUUGAAAGCCAAGGUGAAACAGAUUGCAAAAUCGGCUAUUUGUGCUGCUUCUGAACUGGAAUUUAUACUGUCAGAUACGUGGCAUUAACACGUCCUAGAAGAAAAAAGAAAGCAUGCCAAAACAUGCUAAAAGGCAUGUGCGACCUGCAAACAUUAAUGAAAACAUGUCAAUGCAAAAUAUUAAUAACAUAUAUCAGAUCUUAAUUUCAAAACUGUCAUUUAAAGAUACGUGCUGGGAAGAUUCCGGAAAAGAUCAAGGUUUUCUGCAUUUGAUACCAUUCUACAGCAUAAAGCUGUAGACAACAAUAUGGCAGAUAAGUCAAGACAUCCAAUAAGGAUAAAAAAUGGCAACGUGAAUCCGGAAACGCGCUCACUCAUAUCUGCGAUUUGUGGAAUACAUCCCUAUCGGAAAAACAAAAUAAGUUAAAAUUAUAGAAAAUAGAUUAAGCGCAGCAAUAGUAGUUACCUCCGUAACAACUAUUCCAUUUAAAUCCUCCCAUCUCAUUAACUGAAAAGAUUGAUCUCUCAAAAACUGACGACACUUUUCUUGUUGAUGAGAAUCACAGCAUGACGCUGUCACAAUUUGAUUUUCUGUGGCAUAUUUUAGUUCCUCUAGAUUGUUCAUCCUAUGAACUAGACAACAUCCAAGAGUUGCUCGAAUUUUAUCCACAAGAUCUUUCGAAGUUUGAUUAUUAUUGUAAUCGGCCAUGUGCUCGCUCAGCAAGUCUUGCGGAAUUUUGGAGAAACGAAGAACUAUUAUACCACCAACAAUUACUAAUGCAAGAUUUAGGGAUGCGAAAACAAGAUACUGGCAGAAGAAGAAAACCGUCCAGUGCAGAAGAAGAUCAAUGAAACCAAAAUAGGUAUAAUUAAUUAGAAUUGUAAUCGGGAUUUUGUAAUCUUACGUAAGAAACGAGGCAUAUUUUGUCGCCGAAAGCUCCACAGAAACCGAAGAAACUGAGGAAUAUAAGCAGGAUACUGAUUAAUGUCGCCAUUACGAGCAUUUUCAGACUAGCGUUGUUGUCCAAGUCGACCAUCAGUUUAUUAGUUUCAGAUUCUUUUCUAAAUUCUUGUCUCUUUACUAUGGAGCAUGCAGAAAACGCCAGAAGUGCCAUACCUGUCAACUGUAUUUUCAACACAUAUUUAGUUAAUUUAAUGACAAGCACAUCAUCAGGAAUAAUGUUUUAACGCAUGAUUUUUAAAAUUCUCUGCUGAAGCUUUCAUUCUCUUCGUUAACUUAAUAACGAGACGGAUGCAUUUUACGCCAACUUAAGAUAUUACGAAACAGUUUACCAUGAGCACGACAUUGACUCCGAGAAAAGUCAAUCGUAAAAUCUUGGGAAAACGAAAUUCCAUUGGAGUCACUUUUCAGAAUUAUUAUUGAGAAUUAUUUAUUAUAUAACCACGUCUGAAUGCCACGACAAAGAAAUGUGUUUGACACAGUUAUAUUGUAAUAUCAAACGAACACCCGUUGUGAAGAAAUACAGUACAUAUAGAAAGGUUUA